AUGAACAAGCCCAAAACCUCAUCAGGGUCCCAAAAGCGGAAAAUAAUAACAGCUCGAUCUGAGGUGGACAAGAAAAGCGCCGCUUUCUUUCGAGGCUUUGUAAAGUGGUUGAGAUCUGGUGACGAGGGUGGCGAAUGUAGUUACACCAUAGAUGACUUAGACCCCGCUUGCCCUCCUUCCGGAGUCAUAGUAGAUUCUGAUAAAAUUUCAGAUACUAAGUCUGUGAAUAUUGAAGACACGACGAUAGCUACGGAUAAAAAUGACUUGGUAGAACAAGUUAAACAAAAAGAUGCUUCAGUACCAAAUAUUAAUUGGCAAGACCCCGCUGAGUGGCCGAAUAACAUCAGCAAUGGUUCAAGCGUAGAAUUGGUAAAGCUAGGGCCUACAAAAAUAGAUCGGAAUAGAGUUUUUCCUUUUGAUACAGAUCGCCGACGAUUUACCACGGAAAAUUGUCAUCGAUCCCUCAAGAAUGGCGAAAAAAUUGAAAGAUCCUGGUUAAUUUAUUCCGAGAGUACGGAUUCCGUUUAUUGUUUUUGCUGCAAAUUAUUUGGCUCCCGCAACAUCCCAACCCAAUUGCAAUCGACCGGAUUCAGGUCCAGGCGGCACUUGCAAGACGGCUUGAGCUCGUAUGAAAAAUCCAAAAUGCACAUUGAAUGCAUGACAAAGUGGAGAGAGCUCAAAGUCCGUUUAGAUUGUAGAAACACCAUUGAUAACAAACAUCAAGAUUUGAUACAAAGAGAAAAAAAUUAUUGGAAACAAGUACUUGAAAGACUUCUUGAAAUAGUUAUAUCUAUGGUUAUACACUUAGCUAAGCGGAAUAUGGCAUUUCGAGUCGAGCUGAUGGCGAAAUUCGAUCCUAUUUUAAGCGAUCAUGUACGUCGAGUUCAAAGUGGGGACCUCCAACGCGUUCACUAUUUGGGAAAGGAAACUCAGAAUGAAUUCAUUGACAUACUGGGUGAAUCCAUCUUCAAAGAAAUCGUGUCUAAAGACACCGUAGAAAUUUGCGAGCAUUUCAUUGGCUUCGUUGUUGUAAACGAUACAACUGGUCAUGGGUUGUAUGAAACGUUGUUGAAUAUCUUAAAAUCCAACAAUCUUGAAUUGAAGAACUGUCGGGGUCAAGGGUAUGACAAUGGCAGUAACAUGAAGGGUAAAAAUAGUGGUGUUCAGGCCAGAAUUUUAAAGGAUAAUAGAAGGGCAAUCUUCGUUUCCUGCAGUUGUCACAACCUCGACCUAGUAGUUUCAGAUGCCGUACAUUCGUCCGUCACUGCUGAACUAUUCUUUGGUGUUCUUCAAAGGCUAUUUACAGUCUUUGCUGCUUCAAUCCAAAGGUGGCAAAUAUUGAAGGAGCACGUUAGUAUCAGUGUCAAAUCGUUACCUGAAACUUGCUGGGAAAGGAAAAUAAAUGCUAACGGUAAAGAUGCAAAACUGAGGUCGGAACUGAGAGGCCUUCGUUUCGUAAUUGAGGCUAUGUCUUUUCUGAUUCGAUUAGUAGUCUGGUAUGAUGUAUUGCAAGUAAUUAAUAGAGUCAGUAAAGCUUUGCAAUGUCCAAAAGUUGAUUUGGAUACUGCGAUCGACAUGAUCGAUGGUGCCAUUCUUCAAUUAAAAGCCUUUCGAGAAUCCGGUUUCAAAACUUGCGUGGCCACAGCUAAAGAAAUGGCUGAAAAGUUGGACAUUCCGCAAACUUUACCCGAAUCACGUACUCCACGAAAAAAACGAUUCUUUGAUUAUGAGCUUCAGCACGACAAUCGACCUAGUGAUCCAAUGAAACGGAUAGAAAUUGAAUUUUUUGAUAAAUUAUGCGAUAUAACGAUAUCUGGUUUACGCGAACGUUUCGAAAUGACCCAAAAUGUUUGUGAACCUUUUAGUAUCAUCCGUAACUCAGAUAAUUUUGUGAAAUUGGAUAAAACCCAAAUUUUGACUAACAAAUCGAAGGCUUUAGAAGAUUUUCUGACUGGAGAAGACGAAAAAAGUGACAUCGAUGGGCGAGAGCUUGCUGAAGAACUGGAAUCCCUAAAGGCUUACUUUAUAAUAGCUGAAAUGACCAAUUUGAAUGCACUCGCUAUGUUAUCUCAUAUUAUCGGCAAGGGUUUGAAUGAGAUAUAUCCACAUUUGACUGUUGCAUUGAGAAUUUUUUUAACAUUACCAGCAACCUCCGCGUCGGGUAAAAGGACUUUUUCAAAGCUAAAGCUCAUAAAAACUUACUUGCGAUCUACUAUGUGCCAAGAUCGACUAAAUGGUUUAGCUGCGAUGUCGAUCGAGCAUAAAAUUUUUAGCGAGUUGAAUUUCAAAGAUAUUAUUGCGACUUUUGUCAAGAAAAAAUUUCGCAGAGUUCCACUUAGAAAUCAGUAG